AACAACAUCACCGGAGCGCACACACUCAGUCUGCCUCUGAGUGUGAGGCGGUCUCUCUCGCUCUCUCUCUCUCUCUCUGUCUCUCUCUCACUCUCUCUUUCUCUCUGUCUAUCUGAGCUUGACUCCUCUGAGGAUCGGGAUUUUCUCACCAAAAAGUACACAUACCUCCGAGUCACGGACAUUUACUCGUGGGUUGGAUUAUUACCAAAGAAGUAAAAGAACGCGGGGUCGGUGAAUAAGUUUUAUUUAUAUCCCAACUAUUCGGAGUCUGACAGGGGAAUGGAGCGCAGAGUUUUCAGCUGAUUUUAACCAUCGGGAGGACCUAACCACGUCGGACUUUUUUUCCCCCUUCUUUUUCACCUUCAUGGCUAAUCGGUCCAUCAGGAUGAACUUGCAGUGGAGUAGCCCGGUAACCUGCAUCCGCACCGGCAGAGCAGCGGCGCACAAGCGGCUGGACUCGGACGACCAGCCGCCGGCCAAAUGCGCCAGGCUGAGCGCCGAAGCGGGGGGGGACACCGCCACACAGGGGCUUCUCGGCUCCUCUCCCGGAUCCCCCGUGAGCCCCGUCUCAAACCCGGUCCCCGCGACCCACCAGGGACCCUCCAGGAUAGGACCGUUUCUUCUUCUACCUCUGGCGGACCGGGAGAGCGUGCACAGCGCGAUGAACACCGACACGGGCGAUGAGCUACUGUGCAAGGUCUUUGAGAUGGGGAUGUAUCAGGAAAAGAUCCGAGCAUAUGGAAUCCUACCAGCACACAAGAACGUGGCCAGCAUCCGAGAUAUCAUCCUGGGAGAACGCAAGGCCUACGUGUUCCUGGACAAGGACUUUGGGGACAUGCACACCUUGGUGAAGAGCUGUCGGAGGCUGGAUGAGGAGCAGGCCUGCAGGUUGUUCCGUCAGGUGGCGCAGGCAGUGGCUCACUGCCACCAGGCAGGCAUCGUGCUGGGUGACCUCAAAUUGCGCAAGUUUGUCUUCGCUGAUGAGAAAAGGACUCAUGUGAGACUAGAGAGCCUCGAGGACUGCCGUGUCUUGGAAGACCCAAACGAUGAUUCCAUGUCCGACACCCACGGCUGCCCCGCCUACGUCAGCCCGGAGAUCCUCAGUGGUUCAGCACCAUACUCCGGCAAGAUGGCUGACAUGUGGAGCCUGGGCGUCAUGCUUUACACCAUGCUGGUCGGCCGCUACCCCUUCCACGACCCGGACCCGGCCACUCUGUUUUCCAAAAUCCGCAGGGGCCAGUGCUGUUUGCCCGAGGGCCUGUCACCUAAGGCCAAGUGUCUGCUUCAGAGCCUGCUGAGGAAAGAACCCUGGGAGAGACUGACGGCGGCCGAGCUGCUCGCUCACCCGUGGUUCCACCAGCCGCCGUCGUUGCAAGAAACAGCGCUCGGCGAACAGGAAGUGAGCUCGGCAGAACAGAUGGUGCCGUCCUUUGACGUGGAAGGGGAUGACGAUCUGUUCUGCUGAUGGACUUUAAUUCACUGAGUCUGACUGAGGGACCAACACACACAUUGCUAUGAGGGAUUCAUUGUUGUUGUUGUUGUUUUUUACACUGGCACUUUUUAGAACCCCAUUUUGUGUACUGUUGUGUGUACAUACACCCUCAAGCUUUCUACAAAAACCUACUGUACUGUAUUUUGUCGUACAUGUGUUACUUGCUAAGGGCAUUUUUUCACAAUGAUCACUCAUUGUGUGUUUCUAAAUGUGCAUUUUUAAAUUAUUUGGUGCUAAAAUAAACAACAAGGAUUGAGAAAUUGCAAGAUAUUGUUAACAAAACUAUCUCUGCUGGCUACUACGAGUGUAUAUGAGAAAAUUAACCCAUGGAAUAAUAGUCACUAAUGCUUGCUCUUAGCCUGGACUUAACACGGCUUCUAAAGGCAUUAUAUGGAUUCAGGGCGGCAGACGAGGAGACUGGGAUGUUGUUCCUCUCACUCUCUGACCGGGCUGGAGGCGCUACCGACUGACUCACUGAGCAGCUCGAGCGAAAGGCCCUAGCACAAGCCCGGCGUCUCCCAGCAGGCAGCGACAAGAGUGAGAAAAGAUUGUUAGCAGAGGACUGAUGUGUCACAGUCAGAGGGACAUUGGGGAGGGUGUCGCACUGCCAAUCUGGCAACGUCUCAGCCAAACGAGGGCAUUUUACAAAUUUCACACCAUGCACAGAAGGUUGAGAAUCGCAGGGUGUUACUGGUGUAAGCCUUGGCCGAUAUGUGGGAAGAGUUAGUCGCACGUAUUACUCAACAAUAAGCAGGAUUAGCACAAGUCUUGUAAAUGGUUGUACUGUAAGAGUAAGGCAAAUCUAGAUUCAUCGUCUGAAAAUAUCUCACAGCUGAUUUUUUAUAUUUAAAAACAAAAAUAUGUCCUAUAUCGAAAUGCUGCAUGUGUGCAUGAAGCCACAUGUAGGAAUAACACUAAGGCUUACAUACAUGCAUAUAAAUACAUACAUACAUACAUAUAUACAUACAUACAUGCAACAAGCAACUGUAGGCUUUAAAAUCUGCAGGUAAUUUUGUUGCAAAGAACAACAAAAAUAGUAGAAAGCAUACAAACUUCAAGUAGUAAGUCCACUGUUGCAAAGAGAAUCAUGUCCCAAUAUAACACAUCUUGCUUUUUUUUCAUAAAUGUAUCAUUUAACCUUUAACGAACCUUGAAAUCCAAAAAGAAAAACACAUAAUGAUAAAAUUUGUCUUUUGCAUUUGGGCAGUCAGAGUUUUUUAUGUUGAUUUCUGUCUGAACAUUAUGUCAAGCUGUGUUGCAUUAACAAAGCAGAGCUGUACUGAGUUCAGCGCCCGUAUCACUGUGUUUCAUAAACUGAACGGCUCUGAAUCAGUCACAGUCAGGCGAUAUUUGAUGUCGGUUGUCGGGUGAUGACUCAACACUUAAGCGUGUUCUGUAGAGAAUGGUCCUGACCUUGGCUGGAAGAAUCUGUUCUGACUGUUUCACCUUUAAAUGGUACUUUCUUUCCUUCCUUUUUUUAAUGUUUCUGCUGUUGAAAGCUGUUGAUCCAUGAGACUAGUCAUCAACAUAGUGACAAUGAUGUACCAUGUACUGAGCGAUGUGUUUGUAUUGUGGAUUGUGACAAGCAGAUGCAGUGUUUCAGUGACGUUGAGCCUCUCAGGCUGCAGUUUUGCUCUGGUACGAUUAUUUUUGACAAAAUCUGGCCUAUCUGAGAAACGCUUUGUAUUUAAUUUUUGGGUCACGUAGUAGACUAAUAAACGUCUAUUGCAGAACAUUAAUUUUUCGUUCUCAUCUGCUUUAGGUGCCAGAGGGGAACAGACUAGUGACAAUCUAAAUUGCUCUUUGUUGAAAAGUAAUUUAAAAUAUAAUGGUUUCUAAGCAUUUUUAUUAUUUUUUUUAGUUGUUUCUAGUUCAUAUAUGUAGAGUGAGUCAUACGUUCAUGUGACAUGUAGAGUAAACUGACACGGGUGCACAAACUUCAUAUUGCACUGUGAAUCAUGUAUUUGUGACACAACCUAGAGGCUAAUAGUCUGAACAGGUUACACACAAGAGAUAUAGUCAUUGUACAAAAGAUGUAAAUAUGUAUAUAUGAAAUAUGUGUGAAGCUGUUGAAUAAAGAUUACAUUUUUUCUUAUU